AAUCCUGGAUCCACCCAUGUAUGGGGGGAUAGGGAGUGUGCUCUCCAUUCCCUUCCCUCGUACAUACAGUAUGCCACUAUAAAGAACCAUGACUCUGUUCACACAGAACUCUAUUUAUGUCUGCACUUUAAAACUAGAUCUUCAUUGCCAAAAAAUAUCAGCAGUGAAUUUAUGUCUAGGCUAUGAGAUAUUAAAGAUUUUAUUGCUUUAUAAAUUUGUCAUAAAAGGUAGAUAAGUAUUCAUAGAAAAAUAUGGUAAAAGUAUUCUUGUAACUUCUAGUUACUUUGGAAUUUUGUUACAGAAAUGAAUGAGUAUAGAAAUAAACAACAUUAAAAAAAAACAACUGUAUUUCUGACAACAUGGCAGUAAGUAAAGAUACAACAAUAAUGGUUGAUAGGCCCAAGUGCACAGCAACAUCUUUGGAUUCUUUCAGUACAGCUGCCAGUGAUCAUCACAAACACAUACCAAAUAUUUAUAAAGAAAAACUAGCAGCAUUGGAGAAAGAUGCACGUCACUGCAAAAUCACAUUACAGGAUGAUUUACGAGUACUUAAUCAGAAAAUAACAGAAGUUGAAGAAAUUAGAGAUAGGAGUUUGAGAGAUAUUCAAAAUAAUGUGGAAGUAAUGAUCAAGGAACUCAUCGAGAAAGGAGAAAAACUGAAAAUUAAAGUAGAAGCAAGCUACAAAAAAAAAAGGGAGGUGUCAAAUCAGAAAAUAAUCAAAUUACAGUAUGAAACUAAAAAAUCAGAAGAAAAAAAAGAUACGACUUUAAGAUUUAUUAACAGUAAUGUGCAAGAAAUGGUUAAACAAAUCAAAGAGAAUGGAGAAAAGAUGAAGAAUGAAGUAGAAUCAAUGUACAAAAAGGAAAACAAGGUAUUAGAAUUUCAAUUGAAUGCCUUGAGAACAAACGUAUCUGAAACAGAUAGAAAACUGAGUUUUAUUCAAUUGUUUUAUGAGACCUUCGGAACAUAAAUUAUAAUUUGACUAAAGCAGAUUGCCUAAAAUUACAAAUAAUCAAAUCUGUGACCGCACUAACAAUGACAGAACUUCUGUGGUACAUCUUAAAAGAGGUUCAAAACUUGUUAUCUGCACAUCAAGUAAAAGUUCAUGAGCAUUUAUUACAUCAUCUAUAAGUAUCUUAUAAUAGUGGAUAUGUAAGUAGGCUAUUAUUUUAAAAAAUAAAAUGCUCCAUCACAGCUUUAAAAAAAAAUACAAGGAUAUAAGGAGGCUUGAUUCAUCCCACUACAGGGAAAUUUCAUGGUUGAAUAUAACAAUGUUAAAACAGUUGGAUUUUAGUUGUACGUGCGAGAAAUAAUGUUGUCAAAUUAAUAUUAAAGAAUGUUGGCAUGGUUUUGUUAUGAACAUUUUUGAAAGGAUGUGUUAGCGAAGAUAGUAUAGUAUAUAUUCCAAGUAUCGAAAUGCACACUAUCGUGUCGGGAUUCAAUAUUUUAACAUUAUGUCAUCAUCAGGAAUGAAAAAUUAUCAAUAUUUGCAAUUUUGCAUUUUUAUUUAAAAUGAUAAACAACAGAACUCCUAUAUUCCUUAGUGGUUCCAAAAUUUCUCAACGCAUUGGUGUUAUUUGUAAGUUAAGAUAUUUUUUACCAUAUUCUUCUCUUAGACUUUUAGCAAAUUAUUUUGUAUUACCUUUUUUCAAUUAUUGUAGUACUGUAUGGUCCAAUUACACAGCUGCGCACCUUAAUGCACUCCAGGUUUUACUAAUUAGGCUAGCCAGAAUUAUUUUUCAUCUGAUAUUAGAAUACCUGUUAAUGACCUUAUGGAAUCUCUUAACUGGAAGGAUGUAAACCAACAAUGGGAACAUAAUAUUCUUUUAAUGACAUUUAAAUGAUUAUCAGGCAUUGUUCCUGAAUAUUGAACUAAUUUUUACAAAUUAAUUGAUGUUUACCAUAGCAUAAAUACAAGAAGUAAAUUGAAAAACAAUUUAGUUUUACCACAAUGGCAAAAUGAUUUUGGAAAAAGAACUUUUAAAUAUCGUUCAGUUAAAUUAUAGAAUAAUCUAUCAUCAGACCUUUGUAGCAAUAUUCAUUCACUUUCCUUACAAUCCUUUAAAAAUCUCAUUUAAUUUCCCCUCUUGUUUUUCUUUUUUGUUUCUUCUAUUUAUGCAACACACACACACGCAACACUCAACACGCACGCGCACACACACACACACACAUAUAUAUACACAUACAUACAUAUAUAUACACAUACAUACAUAUAUAUACAUACAUCUCGUUUUGGGAGGAGGGCACAUCCCCUCUCAUACCCACCCCUGGCUCGGGUCUUCGGUCCUCAGAUAACGCUGUGCGCUAUACUUAUACCCAUAAAUACUUAGCCCCUCCCAGUCGGACAUCUUAGCCCCCCCCCAUAAAUUACAUCCUAGAGCCGCCACUGCUUCCUACGCUGUUGUUAAAUUGUAAAUCCAGAAAAUCUACUACUGUAUAUUGCUGUAUUCAAAUGAUUCAAAGGUAAAAUUAAUCGUUUAUGAAAAGCGUUAAAAUGACGUAGGAUGGAUGAAAAUCAUUAGGUAUAGGUAGCCAAGGGUGUCGUCAACAAAACGAGUAUAAAACUUAAUAAUACCUGAUUCUAUAAAUAUAGGAACAAUAGACUCUUCUAGUUCAGUCAUUAAAAUAUUGGCUAAAACUGGUUUAAGUGUUGAGCCUUUCUAAACGCCGUCAGUUUGUUUAUAGAAUUCAUUAUUACAUGUAAAUACAGUUUUAGUACAGCAGUCCCUAAGUAGUUUCCUUAACAUAUUUUUCCUAAGACUAGUAGAUAUCAAUUUCUUAUUGUAAACCCUAUCAAGAAUUAUAAUGUAGCCUGAAAAUUAAGUAAUAAAUUAGGUUUAAUGUUUUCUAAUACUAAUAAGCAAUUAGUAGAGCUCCGCAUAGUACACUAU